UAAUAAGAUAAUAAGAAUCGGAAAAAUGAGAUAAUUUAUAUCAAAAAAUCCAGCUACAAAAUAAGUAUUAGGGGAAUUCAAAUUUUUAAAUGAUUAGGAAUUAAAUUAGGUGAUAUAAUAAUCAAAGGAAGGAUAUUAAGUAAACAAGAAUAGUAAUUAUUAAACGAGAUCAGAUAAAUUAUUGAAGUAAAAAUAGUAAUAUAAAUAGACUGGCUGAUUUAUUAGGUUAGAAUUAAGAAAAGUAUGCUAAAUUAAUAUCUUAUGAGAUAGGGAAACCAAUAACAUAAUCAAUAGGAGAAGUAAAGAAAUCAUAGAACUAUUGUAAAUAUUAUGCUGAAAAUAUAAAUAAAUAUUUACAACCUUAGAGAGUAAAAACAGAGGCUAAGAAUAGUUAUGUUUAAUAUAGUCCUAUAGGUACAAUAUAUUCAAUAUCACCUUUUAAUUUUCCUUUUUGGUUAUGUAUGAUAAUUGAUAGAUUGAUUAGGUUUUAAGCCAAUAAUACCAAUGUUAGUAUUAGGUAAUGCAGUAAUUCAUAGACCUUCUGAUUCAACAGGACUUUGUGGAUUAGCAUUAUAAGAGUUAUUUACAUCAGCUGGAUUUGAUGGGAAUAUCUUUUAGAAUGCAUUUACAACAGGAUAAUAAUUAGAAUAAGUGAUGGGACAUCCUUAGAUUUAAGGUGUAUCAUUUACAGGAUCUAGUAGUGCAGGUUCAAUAAUAGGAGCAACAGCUGGUAAAUAUUUAAAAAGAAGUGUAUUGGAAUUAGGAGGAUCAGAUCCAUUUUGUGUAUUAUAAAAUGCAAAUGUUGAAUUAGCAGUACAAUUAGCUUUAAAAUCAAGAGUAGCAAAUUGUGGAUAGGUAUGUUUUUCAGCAAAGAGAUUCAUAGUUCAUUUUUAAUAUUAUGAUAUUUUUAAAGAGAAAUUAAUUCAAGGCUUAUAGAAAUUGAAAAUAGGUGAUCCAUUAUAAGAGAAUACAGAUUUAGGACCUAUGGCAAGAGAAGAUUUAAUAAUUAAUAUAUUAAACUAAAUAAAUAGAGGCGUAGAUGAAGGAGCAAAAGUACUUUAUGGAGGAAAAAGAUUAAAGGAAAAUGAAAAUUAUAUCAUCCCAACAGUAGUAGAAGUUGAAGAAGGCAAUGUAUUGGCUAAAGAAGAAACAUUUGGACCAUUGUUCACUUUAAUUAAAGCUAAUAGUAAUGAUGAAAUAUUGAACAUUGCAAAUAACACAUCUUUUGGAUUAGGUGCAGUUGUAGUCAGCAAUGAUAAAAAAGAAAUUGAAUUAUUUGUUAAUAAUUUAGAUGCAGGAAUGGUCUUUGUAAAUGAAGUAGUUAAAUCAGAUUAAAGAUUACCAUCUGGAGGAGUUAAAGGAUCUGGUUAUGGAAGAGAAUGUGGAGAAUGGGGAGUAUAAAACUUUGCAAAUAUUAAGACAGUAUGGAUUGAAUGAAU